AUGAUAUGUAUCGAAUGCGCGGAGCCUAUCCAAUGUCUCUACUCGAAAUACAAGAGUAACUACAUCAAAGCCACGGUGUGCCAGGCGUGUGGCGAGGUGGCAGACAAGUACAUUGAGUUUGACAAGGUGGUGCUCUUUCUCGACCUCUUGUUGAUCAAGCCGCAGGCAUACCGCCACUUGGUGUUCAAUUCGUUGGAAUCCGAUGCCUUGACAAUGAUACUCGCCACCCACGAUCGUCUUUCACAGUGGAAGACGUGGUUUGCGCGAUACCGCAAGAUCAACCGCCUCCUCGUGCUUAUGUUUUUGUUCGAGGUGUAUCUCACAUGGGCGUAUGAGGAGCGCGCAUACACCGUAUGGCAGCCAGGGACGCCCCAGCCAUUGCUCAUGGAACACAUUUUCUCCAUGUCGAUACUCCACCAGUACUUGUACUACAUUCUGCGCAUUCUCUUUGAAUCGCUCACCUUCCACGCGGUGAUUCAGCUCUUGUUUGCGUGGGGGAUCGGCUGGGGAGCGCCCCAGACCAUCAACUACACAAAAAUUGAGGGCGUGACGAUCAAUGACCUGCUUCCUACGAUAGUGCACUACCCCCGCUCCUUCUACGCGGCUGCGCUCACGUAUAUCGUUACGGUAUCUGGUCUGACUAAGCUUUUUCCGAUCCUCAUGUUGAUUUGGCCGUAUGAUACUGCCACCCUGACGACGGUGAUUACUUUUGCGGGGAACUUGUCGAUCCUUGAGGCGUUGGUCGUGGUGGCAGAUGUGGCUUACUGGAAGGCCACACUAGUGUUGGGGAUUGCGUUACUAGCACGCUACGGGCUCAGCAAGGCCGUGAUUGGUGCGGUGUUGGGCUGGUAC